UUGCAAGCUUUCAGCACCAGCUCUCUUCUUCGGGCAGAGAACCUCCCAAACAUAUUCGUUAAAUACACUAAAAAUCCCCCAAGCUACCAGCUGCUCCAAUCACUUUCCCGCACGCGCUGAUUAUAACCGUGCGCGGCCGUAUGGAAUACACAGUAUAGGCGGUGUUUCACCUCUCCCUAAGGCCGCCCGCCCACCCGUGCACUCUGGAUGACCCCGGUGCUGAAGCUCCUCCCCCGUGAUAGCAGCUGUGGGGAGAAGCGCUGUGACCGAGGCCGUUGCUGUGAUGGUCCAUGGGGGAGAGAAGCCUCCUCCAUCCAACAUCUCCUCCUAGAGCUCACACUCUGCCUGCACCGAGGAUACACCAUGUAUGUCAAAUGGGGAGUCUCUGUUGCCAUACUGGCAGCUGUUGUUGGCAUUUACCUAUUGCCCUCUCCUAUUGAUCCAGAGCCCUUUGUGUUUGAAAGACCUCCUCCAGCAUUAGUUGGACCAUUGGCUGUCAAUCGUAAACUUCAUGAAGCUAGAAGAAUUUUCUAUGGGCAGUUGAAAGGCCCAGAGUCCUUCACUAGUGACAAGGAUGGGAACAUAUACACUGGAACUGUGGAUGGGAAGCUGUGGAAGAUCUCUGGGGAAGAACUAUUCUUCAUAACACAAAUGGGGCAAAAUGUGUCAGAAUGUGGUAUUCCUGAGUAUGAACCAAUAUGUGGUCGGCCACAUGGUAUUCGAAUGAAUAAAGAUGGUGAUCUUAUUGUAGCAGAUUCGUAUUUUGGAUUGUUCAAAGUAAAUCCUCAGACAGGAGAGAGGACCCUUCUGCUUUCCAGUGAAGAAGGGGUAGAUGGCAUUUCUUUCAGAUUUUUGAAUGGACUGGAGCUGUCCCAAAAUGGGACCAUCUUUUUUACUGACUCUAGCAGCAAAUGGGGCAGACGACACCACAGAUAUGAGGUACUGGAAGCAAACCAUCUGGGACGACUCAUAAAGUACGACCCUGUGAGGCAACAGGCAGAGACCUUGUUGGAUGGCCUGUACAUGGCUAACGGGCUGGCUCUCUCCCCUAGUGAGGAUUUUGUCUUGAUAGCCGAGACGAGUAUUUGCAGGAUAUCACGGUAUUGGUUAACUGGCAAUAAAAAAGGAGUAAGAGAUGUUUUUAUGGACAAUAUGCCAGGCUACCCAGAUAAUAUUAGGCUGUCCAGCCAGGGCACAUACAGAGUUGGCUUAUCUACUACACGGUUUCCCGGGUUCUUUCCACCAUUUCUGGAUGCCACUGCUUCUCAUCCAACAUUGAAAAGAUUUAUUGUGAAGGUUUUUCCACUGUCUUUUUACAAUGUCCUUCUGAGGAAGCAUGGUCUGUUUCUAGAAGUGAGUAAUCAGGGAGAAAUUCUUGAAAGUUUCCAUGAUCCAGAUGGCAGCGUAACAUGGGCGAUCAGUGAUGUGUUUGAACACCAUGGCAAACUCUACCUGGGAAACACUGACUUGCCUUUCCUUGUGAUUUUAACAAAAGAACAGUAACUAGCCUUGUGAGCUCCACUGUCCAGUUCAGGGGCAAAAGGGGAAAACUACUUUGUCUACUACAGUUCUGUGGUAUAUUUUUUAAAAUGUGUUUUAUAUAUAUGUAGUGAACCUUGUGUGUGUUAAGUGACAGUGGUAAUAAUUCAUUCAGUUUACAUUUCAUAUUUCAGGUACCAUGAUGUGCAGGGAAUUAUUGUUUUAGUGUAGAAAUAAAAGGGAUAUUGUCACUAAAGUUAGUUGUUAUUUGCAUUGUCAGAGGUCUGGGGUAGAAAUUUCCAUCUGCACCCCUCACUUCCUGUUGUCUCACACAAGCGUCUUGUUUAGAAGGUCCCACCGCACUGCCUAUAGAAACAAAAUUGUUUAAGCUGUAGCACCAUUUUCUAAUCGCUGAUCAAUCCAGCAUGAACUUUUUUCUUUUUCAUUUUUUU